AUGCUGUUCUUAGAGCUACGUAAGAAGUCUAGCAAGAGGCGUGGCUAUCGCAAGAUGCGCCCACCGAAGCCAAAGCGGCUGGCGAUGUCAGCUAAGCAAGCAGCGGCCGCUCAAGAGGAGGCUGACGCAGCUGCAGCUGCAGAAUCAUCAUCAGUAGCCUUCAACAAGCCUAUAACAAGGCGAGAAGAAGAGGAUAAGGACGAGCAGGAGCCAGACCUCCCUACUAAUAAAGAAUAUAAGUAUAUCGACGACGACGACGACGGCGAACACCAAGACAGAGUCAGUAAGCAAGCUCCGACUAUAUCUAUAUCAGAAGAGGUAGAAGAGGGAAGUAGCUUGCCAGCCUUGCCCCGAAGCUCCUCUCCCACUCAAGCACAAUCGGAGGAGACCGUCAACCUGCCCUCCGUUCCACUCCCACCCGUACAGCCCACGGGGGAGUUUUACAUUAUAAUUUACCGGCUAUCCUCCGGCAAACCAAUCAAGGUAGGCCCCGAAAAUACCAUGACUUUCGCUAAGCGAGUUACGGCCAACUGCGAUCGUCGGAAGGCAGAGGGCUACAUCCUGGCAGAUCGCCUUGCAGCGAAUUGCCCGAGUCCCAUGACUUUUACCAGAGUAUAG